GAGACCAUGCGGAGCGUGCUGUCAGCUAGCUGUCGCUCACCGUGAACCGUUGACGCUCCUCGUUCACACUGCUGAGAGCUUCGCGUUAGUGUAGCCGACUGACGCCGGAAUAUUAACUUAAUCGAUAAACCCGCGUUUGUUUCGUUUUCUCUCUUUAAAUUAUGUGGUCAUGACGAAGUGAGCAUGGCCAAGCGACCGGGGACCGACGACGGGAUGUUGACUUCGCCGACCAUUCUCCGCGACUUCGCGUCCGAUCCGAGCCCCGGGGACGGGGACGUGGACAUGGACUGCAGCGACGGAGCCGCGGAGGUCUCCUUGGAAGACAUCCUGAAACUGUACAGCCAGCCGAUAAACGAGGAGCAGGCCUGGGCCGUGUGCUACCAGUGCGGUCGGACUUUAGCGCAGAAACGUCGGAGGAAAAGCUCCAAGUCCGCCGGUGGAUCGGCCGUCGACUACCCGAUGAGGAUCGAGGGACCCGGGGAUGUGAGGAUCGGGUGGGACGGGACCGUGAAACUGCUCUUCGAAGACUGCACAGAUAAAUACCAACCGGCUGCAACGUCAUUGGAGGUCAUUGACUCAUUGGGCAUCAUGAUUUACAAAGCUCUAGACUAUGGCCUCAAAGAAAAUGAGGAGCGGGAACUCAGCCCGCCGCUGGAGCGUCUGAUCGACAUGAUGACAAACGCCGAAAAAAACCAGAGUGACCCCUGUCCUGACGAGGGCUACGAAGCCACAGAGGAGGAGGAUGAGUGUGAGGAGGAAGAAGAGGAGCAGGAGGAAGAGGAGCCCGUCUCUGCCACCACCACCAGCUCUGUCAGCAGCAUUCGCAGCUAUCGAGACCUCAUCACGCUAUGUUCUUCCCACCUACCCAGCACAUCCAACGCUGCAAGUCAUUACCAGGCUGUGUGUCGUGCUCUCUAUGCUGAGACCAGGGAACUAAACACCUUUCUGGAGAAGAUCAAGAAUGCCAAAGAGAACCUUCGGAAAAUGGAAGGCGGUACUCGGGAGGAGCCUGUUAAAGACCUCGAUGAGCUGCAAAAUGCAGAUUGGGCACGGUUCUGGGUGCAGGUGAUGCGAGAUCUACGAGAUGGUGUUAAAUUGAAGAAGGUUCAGGACCGUCAGUACAACCCAUUACCCAUUGAAUACCAGCUCACACCCUACGAAAUGCUGAUGGACGAUAUCCGCUCCAAACGUUACAUGCUGAGAAAAGUCAUGGUGAAGGGAGACAUCCCACCAAGGUUAAAGAAGAGUGCUCAUGAGAUCAUUCUUGAUUUCAUCAGGUCGAGGCCGCCUCUCAACCCUGUUGCAUCCCGUAAACUGAAACCCCACCCGGCACGUCCCCGGAGCCUCCACGAGCGACUGCUGGAGGGCAUCAAGGCUGAAAGGAAGCUCAGGCCGGUCUCACCGGACAUGAUCCGCAGAAGCCGCCUCGGUGCAGGGAAAAGCAUCAGCACUCCUCAGGACUUGUUCCGGGCCUCAGACUCUCCUGAUGGACUCAGGAAAUUGGCUGUCAGCACCCAGUUUCUGGCCAGUGGCAGCCUGCUGGGCCCAAACCAAGAUGGAGCCCAGCUCCCUAGCCAGAGGAAGAGGCUGCUCAUAGCGCCCACACUGGCUGAGCUGGACAGCUCCGACUCUGACGAGGAGCCCUCGCGGAGCAGCUCCAGUAUGUCCACAUCUUUGAAGGAGGACACGUCACCCGAGUCCGUCAUCGGGAAGAAGGUUCCACCAAAUCUCUUGCCUGUGUCUGCGACCCAACAUUCAGACAAGCGUCGGUCUCCACAGAGGCGGCACUCAAUCGAGAAGGAGACCCCCACCAAUGUCUGCCCCUUUGUACCUCCCUCCAGACAGAGCUCCAAGUCUUUGGUGGAAGCUGCCAGCGGUGCUCGGGGCACGGAGGAGUUCUGCUACCCAGUGGAGUGUCUGGCUCUGACGGUGGAGGAGGUGAUGCACAUCAGACAGGUUCUGGUCAAGGCAGAGCUGGAGAAGUUCCAGCAAUACAAAGACAUCUACACAGCCCUCAAGAAAGGAAAGGUUUGCUUUUCAUGUCGGACCAAGAAGUUCUCUCUCUUUACUUGGGCCUACACCUGCCAGUUCUGCAAAAGGCCUGUGUGUUCCCAGUGCUCUAAAAAGAUGCGACUGCCAUCCAAGCCCUACUCCACACUGCCCAUUUAUUCUUUGGGCCCCAGUGCGGUGGCUAAAGAAGAGGCAAGUGGAGCGUCUGCCCUUGCUGCGCCAGAAAAGCACCCAUUCGGGUCUGGACACAGCCGAAACAGCCUACGCAGAAGUGUUUACAAGUUGUCAAAGCAGAGCAGCAGUAGUAACAGCAAAGAAGGGCAGUCACAGGAUGAGCCUGAGCUGCCCAAGGAGCUCACUGAGGACUGGGUCACCAUGGAGAUCUGUGUAGACUGCAAAAAGUUCAUCAUGGAGAUCAUCACCUCCAGCAGGCGCAGCCUGUGCGUGGCCACCAAACGUGCUCGUCUCAAUCGCAAGACCCAAUCCUUCUACAUGUCGUCAUCUAACUCGGUCAACUUCAGGCCCUCUGAGCGCACCAUCAAGGAGGCGUAGAAAGUGGGACUGUCCUUUGCACUUUUCUUCCCGCCUCUCGUAGAGCUAAAUUGUUCAAUGGAGAAAAAAAACAACCCCUCCAGUGAAGCCAGUCCACCCCACCCCAAAGUUACUAAAGGUUUUUAUACCUUACCCUGUCUCAGGAAAAGUUGGCAGGCUAUGAUUGGUCAGGACUGUAUGAUAGCUGCCAGAUAACAAAGAAGAGCCAUGUUUCUAUAAAAAAAAAAAUCUGUCAAAUCUGUUAGUUGCUGAUGUUGCUAUUGAGAACCAGGUAAGAUAAUGUAUAUUUGACAUAAGAGCAGGAUCAGAUGAUACAGAAAGCCAAAAGCUGCAUGAUAAUAUGUUAUUGUAGACCCCUCCAUAAUUUGGGUUUUGGAUAUUUUUUCCAGUUCCUGUUUACUUCUAGCACUCAGGAUUAGCAACAGAUUGUCUUUUGACAUAAAUGCACUGUACAGCUUCCUGUCAGGUCCGUUGGGGUAAACCCCUUCCACUCCCUUGCCCUCCCCUCUUAUUCUUCCAGCAACAAUUAUGCCAAAUGUAUCAUUCAUUUUUUUGUUUUUUUUGUUUUGUAGCUAGUCGUUUUAAUGUAAAUUCAAUUCUGUGCCUGGUGCCAACAUGUAAUUUCUUUCUUCGAAUGCCUUUUGUAGUUAUGGACCUAUUGUACAUAUGUGUUAUAUACUCUGGGGGACAUUUUUAGGGUAAUCCAAGGUUUGGUUUGUUGCCCUUUUUGAUGUUCCAAGCUGGGCAACAGAAGCACAUACAUGUAGGGUUAUGAAUGUGUACAUGCUGUAAAUCUUAAUUGUUCUAAAUUUAGUAUAAAAUUAACUAAGAGUAUAAUUUUACCAUGUUUUAAGAUUUCUUUAUUUGAAAUUACUUUUUGAAAACAUUAUUGGUGUUAUGUUUUUGUCAAUGUAAUAAGAUUUUAUUUCUAUUGUAUAGUUUAUGAACUCAGUGUUAAAAUGCUCCUAAAUCACAAAUAGCACUUUUAUUGGACUAAUUUCUGUGUGUAAUUUAAUAAUUAUUAUAAAAAUAUUGUUUUUCACCUCUUGGAGCGGGGAGUCCAUAGUGCCAUUUCCCAGAGUUCUUUAUGAAUGAAAGUGUGUGUGUGUUUGUGAAUGGCUGAUGGUUGUUUGUGAGAUGGACUAAGACUAAAACAAAACACUCCAUUUAAUUGAAUGUAGGCAAGUUUAUAACCAUCAUUAAAUAUGCUUUAUAAAUGUGUUAUUUCUUUCAAAAUAUCUUUACUUUGACAAACACACACACGUUCAUAUAGUGUGUUUUGUGACAGUUAUCAAAUGAACACAAAGCCUAACCAGUUCAAUAACAAUGCCAUGUUCAGUGAAACAUACAUCUGAUCAGUUUUAUUUUAGACCUCUGUAAGGAAUGUAUGCAUGCUGUAAUCUGUUUUGUCAAAGAAAUUAUAAUAAAACCAUCAUGCUUCUUA